AUGGCAGUCCUGGCGAGACUCGCCCACAUCGCCCUGGCGCCGCGUGACGUAGGACAAGGUGCCAUGAACGAGUUUGGAACCGCCAUGCCUAGCGGUCGGCAACCCCCACGCCGUCGGCCCUUCUCAGAAUCCGGCGCCGCGGAAGACAAGCCUUCUGGCCACUACUACACACCUCCAUCUCCUGCCAAGCCACGGGUUCCCUCUUGUACUGGCACUGUAAUAUCGAUCACAGCCCGCAACGAGAAAAAGAAGCACACCACACAAAAUAGGCUUGACCGUGGCGGCCUGAUAGCGAGGCCUCGAACCGAACCUACUCGGCCCUGA